AGUUAAAAACUGUCACAACGACGCACAAAAUUCGUACAAAAGUACCUUGACUGACAUGGCGUUCGCACGGUGGUUACUUUUUGCCACUUUUUUAGUGUCAGCUUUGGCUUUAACUCCCCAACAAAACGCAACUCUCGAACAAUAUAGCAAACCCUGUAGAGAUGCAACUGGUGUGACUCCUCAAGACAUCGAUACAGGUUUGAAUGGUGAAGAUAAAACCGACGAUUCGAAACUGAAAGCUCACGUUCUUUGCGUUUUGAAAAAAAUUGAUCUGAUUAAUGAGAAUGGCGAUAUUGAUGUGGAAAAGUUAAAAAAGUUGGCCAAACUGGUGGCUGCUAGCGAGGAAGAGGCGGAAAGUGAGGUUGCUAAGUGUGCUUUACAGAAAGAUACUCAUGAAGAUACAGCUUUUCGUACUAUAAGGUGUUUGCAUGAGAAAUGGCCACAGUUUUCUCCUGUAGAAUUGUCAGCUUUGGCUUUCAUUCCCCAACAAAACGCAACUCUCGAACAAUACAGCAAACCCUGUAGAGAUCAAACCGGUGUGACUCCUCAAGAGAUUGAGAAAGGUUUGAUUGGCAAAGAGAUAGAUGACGAUCCAAAUUUAAAAGUUCUGAAUCUUUGCGUUUUGAAAAAAAUCGAUCUUAUUAAUGACAAUGGUAACAUCAACGUCGAGAAACUAAAAAAGUUGUACCUUGACUGGCAUGGCGAGCACACGGUGGUUACUUUUUGCCACAUUUCUAGUGUCAGCUUUGGUAAAUUAUUUUCUUUUGAAUUCCGUCUUUUUCUUAUUUAUUUUCAGGCUUUGACUCCCCGACAAAAGGCAACUCUCGAACCAUAUAGCAAACACUGUAGAGAUGCAAUUGGUGUGACUCCUGAAGACAUCAAGGUAAGUUUGAAUGGUGAAGAUAGAACUGAAGUUCCGAAAUUAAAAGCUAUGGCGCUUUGCGUUUUGAAAGAAAUUGAACUGAUUAAUGACGAUGGUGAAAUCAAUGUGGAACAAUUUAAAAAGUUGGCCAAAGAGGUGGCUGCUAGCGACGAAGAGGCGGAAAGUGUUGUUGCUAUGUGCGCUUUACAGAAAGAUACCCCUGAAGAGACAGCUUUUGAUAUUAUAAGGUGUUUGCACGAGAAAUGGCCACAGUUUUCUCCUGUAGAAUGACAGAAUCACAAUAAAUU